AGGAGGAGGAGGAGGGAGGCAGGAGCGCCCCAGCCCUCAGCCCGCCGGGGAGGAUGGAGUAGCGGAGAGAGAGGGGAGCGCCGGGGGGAGCUCGGAGGAAGGGAGGGAGGAAGGAUCAUGCCCGGGGGGACGAGGCGCUAGGGGCAGGAGCUGGUGGGCGCCCGCAGGCUCCGCACCUCGGCGCCGUCCUGCUGCAGUGCCGCCGACCUGCGCUGCCCGAGCUCGUCAAUGGAGCUGGAAAACAUCGUUGCCAACACCGUCUUGCUGAAAGCCAGGGAAGGGGGUGGAGGGAAACGCAAAGGCAAAAGCAAAAAGUGGAAGGAAAUCUUGAAAUUCCCCCACAUUAGCCAGUGUGAAGAUCUCCGAAGAACAAUAGAGAGAGAUUACUGCAGCAUAUGCGAAAAGCAGCCGAUCGGAAGGCUUCUCUUUCGGCAGUUCUGUGAAACUCGACCCGAGCUCGAGUGCUGCAUUAGGUUCCUCGACUCGGUGGCAGAGUAUGAAAUUGCUCCAGAUGAAAAGCUGGGAGAGAAAGGAAAGGAAAUCAUGAUGAAAUACCUCACCCCAGAGUCUCCAGCCUUCGUUCCAGAAGUCAGUCAAGAUCUUAUCCAACAGACAGAGGAAAAACUCGAAAACAGCCCCUGCAAAGAGCUAUUCUCUCACUGUACAAAAUCUGUCCUUGACCACCUCAGUGGGGAACCAUUCCAAGAAUACCUAAACAGCAUGUACUUCGACAGGUUUCUCCAGUGGAAGUGGUUGGAAAGGCAACCAGUAACGAAAAACACGUUUAGGCAGUACAGGGUGCUAGGGAAAGGCGGCUUUGGGGAGGUCUGCGCUUGCCAAGUCCGAGCAACAGGGAAGAUGUACGCCUGCAAAAGAUUAGAGAAGAAGAGAAUAAAAAAGAGGAAAGGCGAAUCCAUGGCACUAAAUGAAAAGCAGAUUUUAGAAAAAGUCAAUAGUCAGUUUGUAGUCAAUUUAGCCUAUGCCUAUGAAACAAAGGAUGCACUGUGUUUAGUUCUGACCAUAAUGAAUGGAGGUGACCUGAAGUUUCAUAUCUACAACAUGGGAAACCCAGGCUUUGAAGAGGAAAGAGCUUUGUUUUAUGCAGCAGAGAUUCUCUGUGGUUUAGAAGACCUUCACAGAGAAAAUACAGUAUAUAGAGAUUUGAAGCCAGAAAAUAUCUUGCUAGAUGAUUAUGGCCAUAUUAGAAUAUCUGAUUUGGGCCUAGCUGUUAAAAUCCCGGAGGGUGAAUCAAUCCGUGGAAGGGUAGGAACAGUAGGGUAUAUGGCUCCAGAAGUGUUGAACAACCAGAGAUAUACACUCAGCCCUGACUACUGGGGACUGGGCUGUCUCAUUUAUGAAAUGAUUGCUGGGCAAUCACCAUUUCGUGGAAGGAAAGAGAAGGUGAAGAGGGAAGAAGUGGACAGAAGAGUGCUGGAGACAGAGGAGGUGUACUCCCAUAAGUUUUCUGAGGAGGCCAAGUCCAUCUGUAAAAUGCUCCUCACCAAAGACAUGAAGCAGCGGCUGGGUUGUCAAGGGGAAGGCGCAACAGAAGUGAAGAGGCACCCCUUUUUCAAAAGCAUGAAUUUCAAGCGGUUGGAAGCGGGAAUGCUGGAUCCUCCCUUUGUCCCUGAUCCCAGAGCAGUAUACUGCAAGGAUGUGUUAGACAUCGAGCAAUUCUCCACAGUGAAAGGAGUAAACCUGGACCAAACAGAUGAUGAUUUCUAUUCCAAGUUUUCCACAGGAUCCGUGUCUAUUCCAUGGCAAAAUGAGAUGAUAGAAACAGAGUGUUUUAAAGAACUAAAUGUGUUUGGACCAAAUGGUACUAUUUCACCAGACCUAAAUAAAAGCUUCCCUCCAGAGCCACCCAAGAAAGGAUUGCUACAGAGAAUAUUUAAACGGCAGCCUACAAACGAAUUCCUAGGUACCAAUUAAGUGAAAUGCUGUGUGAAGUCACAAAGAUGCACGCGUGGCAAACAUUGGGUCAGCUCACUGCCCGUCUCUGAAAACAAAGAGGUAACCACAUGCUGGGAUCAAUGGACUCCAAAGGGGAACUCCAAGUUUUCUGGAUAAUCAGCGGUCCCGUAGAGAAGAUUCACUCCCAGAGAAGAAACAUUUCAGGUAGUGGCUGGAUGACAAAUGUGUUUUCCUUUCUCAUCACCUCACACGCAGCUGUUAAAUAUGUUUAUUAGCAAGCUCAAAUGAUUUAUUUCAUGUGUAUCGAAUGCGAUCUCCCUUAAUUGCAUUUCUUUUAAACACUGGACACUCUUCUGAAAGACUUAAUAUUUUAGCCUUAUGAAGGUGAAAGUUGUAAAAACUUUAUUUUGUGUUUCUGAGCAAUGUAGAUAGACCUAAAGAUUUCAUGAAUUAUCAUGUGGUUGCCCAUAUCUGACUAAUAAUUAAAUUGUAAAAUUGCAGUUUCAUAUUAGGGUUAGUCUUUUCACCUGCUUCAAAAGUUAGAAAAUCAUAUUUGGUAUAUAAACAUACACAGAAUAUCCUUCUGAUUGAAUUUCAAGAGCAUAUCCAGGAUUAAAUGUUUUUAAGCACUUCUAAUACUGUAGUCUAUAAGAGGAGCAGACACUUCUAAAGCAAUGUUAAAAGUUGUCUUUCAUAACUGAGUCAACAGAUCAUUUUUGUAAUAAAUUAAAGCAAGUGUUCUCAACUAGAAGAACUAGUGGCUGUUGGUAUUGUACAAAAAAAUCAUUCUAGUAUCCAAAGGGUAAUGGGUGGGGAGGGUCUGUUUGGUUUUGUUUCUCUUUUCAGGGAGAUCUUUAACAUUGUUUGAUGAAGCUAGUUUUCAUUUGAGAUUGUUAUUGAAGAUAAAGGCUUCUGUGUUCUAUGGCUGCUUGGAUUCUUCGUACAUAAUGUCCUAGUAAUGUCACAGUGCUGCUGUAUCUAGAUCAAACCACUGUUUUGAUUGUUUUUUUUGUUUUGUUUUUGUUUUUGUUUUUUUUGGCUUUUUUAAUAAAUUCUUUAAUU